ACAAAAGAAACGAAAAAAAAUAGAGACGAACGAACAAACCAAUUCAUACCGAAUGCAUGUUUCGACGUUUGUUGUUCACCCAAAAUUUCGUAUAUAAAUAUUGUUUGUGUGGUGGAAGACGCAUACAUAAGUUUUUCCAAUUCGUUGUCGUCGACGUCGCCUGGAUAUUCUGUCAGCACAGCAACGGACUUCGAAAACACAAAACAAGGAAAUAUAAUACGAAACCUGUUACAUAGUUUACAUCAUGCAAAUUUUCUAGCGUGAAUUGUGUGUUUUAUGGUGGUUCGAUGAAAGGAUUUUGAUUAGAAAUAAUAUUCAACUCAUAUGGAAUAGACGACAGUAAAAGUUUUACAAGUGAAAGUGACAUAAGAUGUUAUAAUAUCACCAUUUCAUAAUUGAAUAAUAAUUUUUAACAUAUUGAAUUAUUUUCUGUUGAUUUUUUUGUUUACGUGCAAUUGUCGAACAUUUUUAAGUUAAUUAAUAUUUCAAACAGCAAAACAAAGAAACCCAUUACGUUUGUGUGUCGUUCACAUAUUGAGAAAGAAAAAAUAAACAAACAAGAUGUCUUUGAUGACAAGCGAAAUUCCAUCGUAUAGCGAGACCAUGGUGAUAACAGAAAGUAACAAACGGAAAUUUGAUGAAAUCGAUGCAGUAUUGAAAAAGUGCAAACUUGAUUCGCCAACUAGCACAUCAACAUUCGUAGACGAACAAUCAAAUUCAAUACUAACGGACGUUACCGACGACAAUGAGUCACUCGCUUCAUCUGAUCAUAGUAGCGAUAAACGAAUGACAUUUGCCACCGCAACUAUUUCCGAUAAUUGUGAUAAUAACAUUGCGAAAGAUGAACAGUCACCAAGUGAAGCCAUCAUGUGUCCAAUGUAUGGACAAACGGUGAAUCGACGUGAAUUUAGACGGGCCGGACCCUAUAUAAUUGGCCUGAAACUGGGACAUAGUCCAGUCGAUAGCAUUGUACAGUAUUUAGCAAAAAAAGAAAAUACCAACGAAUUUGUGCAGCUCAAGAUCUUAAUGUUGAACAAUAACACAGCGAAUGAAAAGUUACAACUGGACGAACGACAGGGUAAAAUGCUUUUACAUACGGAGUUCUCAUUACUGUCAUUGCUACAAAAUGAAAAUGGUGUAAUUCAACAGCAUGGACUAUUUAGUGAUGUUGCACACGAAGAAGUGUUGGCCGAUAAUGGUAGCAACAAUAAUUUCUACACGGGAUCAAUGAGAAAACGACUGAUUUUAGUAUUAGACUGUGUGACCCCGCACGAUUUUGAUCCACAAUCAUCAGCGCUUGUGAAUUUGCAGCAGUAUUUAAUUAAUCGCAAAAAAUUGACAGAAAUUGAGGCGUUGACAAUCUUUUAUGAGAUUAUUUCGGUUGUGGAAAAUUUGCACACCAAAAAUAUUAUCCAUCGUGACCUGAAAUUGGGAAAUAUUGUACUUAACAAACAAACCAACAAAAUUACCAUUACAAACUUUUGUUUGGGAAAAUAUUUGCUAAAUGAAAACGAUUUGCUGUACGAUCAACGCGGAUCACCAGCCUACAUAGCACCCGAUGUGCUGAGUGGCAAGCCAUACAAAGGCAAACCGUCUGAUAUGUGGGCUCUGGGUGUUGUCUUAUUCAUGAUGCUUUAUCGCCAAUUUCCAUUUUUUGAAUCCACGCCAGCUGCGCUAUUCAAAAAAAUCAAAGCGGCUGAAUACUUCAUUCCAAUGAAUUGUGAAAUAUCCAAGGCCACUGAAGGAAUUAUAAAGGGUCUACUUCAAUUGAAUCCCGCGAAACGAUUGACAGCAACUCAAGUUCGUGAACAAUUGAAAGCGAUUAUUGAUUCUCACAAUGGUGUAGGGAAUACUGAUCACUUAGUACCUGAGAUGAACCAAACCAACGACAACAAUGUUGCUCAUUAUCCAACGCCACCAGAAACAUCCCACAAAGUCAAAUGGAGAAAUACUCAAACUGCAAGUGAUCAGGUCGUACCAACAAUGACAACAUCAAACCCACCAUCGAUACCCGUAUCGCGGAAACGACGAAGAUCUUCUGAUAAAUUGUUGAAUGAUAUAUCGCAACGUGGAAUAUCGGUGCAACAUGUUGCAAGUGAUGCACGUCACCUGAACGCCAACGAUAUAACUCGUUUGCAGCACCUGUUUCGUUCGAAUCGAAAUAUUCCGACAAGAUUAAGCGCAGCAACAAUAACAUCAUCUUCUACCGCUUCAAAUACAACGAGUGAUCAAAAUCGUUCACCAAGCAUUGCAAUGCUUCGUCGACUGCGAGAUGUACAAAAUAACAACAACAAUAUAAAUCGAUCAAAUCGUACGAUUCCACAAAAUGUUUCCCGUAUUAUUGAAAGACCAUUAUCUUUGCAGCAACAGCAGCAAACAAAUGCAUCGAAUACAAGUUGGCAGUUUCUACGUAUUGGCAAUCCAACAUUGGGUGAAUUGUAUCGUUGUGCUGUGGCAUCGUCACAGUCACGUAACCAACAAACGUCUGGUGUAAAUCGACAAAACGAUCAGGUGCGCUUGAUUCGGCGCAUACGAAGAGCAUGGUCAACAAAUACAAACAACCAAACAAAUGGCCAUGGUGGCCGAUAAUUACCAAAGAACACACGCACGCACAUCCAUACAUUUUGGUUUAACAUUAUCAGUAGUAAAAUAGUAUAUAUUUAACAACUGUUUAGCAAAAAAAUAUUAUCCAAUUCGAUUUUUUUAUCAUUGCUCAUACUUCUUCAUUUUUUUUAAACUUUAGCUUUGUAUUUAAAAUGUGUUGUAUAAUAUUUUUUUACCGUCGAAAAAGUUCGAAUAACCAAUAGUCAUGGAUUUGAAUUAAAUUCCAAGAAUUUGAUCGGAAAUUCAUGACUUAGGACAAAAUCUACAACAUUUGCUCAAGAAAACAGACUGACAGGCUUUUUCAUUCCGACUUUUGUGCGGUUUAUUUUUGUUAUAUUUCAUGUGACAAUUUUCGGAAUAGAUUCAUGAAAACAGAAUAAAAGAAUUUUUUUAAUUAACCAUCACGCGUGUCGCAAAAAGUAAGUAUUCGUCCAACUGAAAUUCGAGUAUAUUGGGGGUCUAUGUAAACAAAAUUGCGAUCUAUUAUCAGUGAACUCUAAUUAAAUUUUUUAGUGUAAUUGAUACAAGUGAGUCAGAAAUAUGAUGAGUUAGUGCGUAGAAAAAAUUGUGAAAAACAACAAACUUUUAGAGAGCAUACAACAUAGCAUUUGCUGUAGAUACGAAUUUGAAUGUAAAACGGCCCUUUUAGUAAACACAUUUUGGCAACACAAACACAUAGAAGAAGACACACAAAAACAAACAAACACAUAACAAAAAAAAAACAGCAACAACAAUUUAAUGAGUAAAAUAAGAGCAAAAUAAAUGAGUCUAACGUAUAUAGUAUAUCCUUUUGAAAAUAGCUCGACAUAGAAUAUAGGCGGAUUAUUUGUGAAAUGAAAAAAAAAUUUCAAUAAUAACAAAUUUUACAAAUUUUGUUUAUAAUGUUGCUCACGUCGUCA